AUGUUUCGACUGCUUCCCUGGUCCUCUGCAGUCGGGGGAAACAAGGUGAUGGCCGAGGAGCUCAAGAUGCUCGCCGCCUCGUCUCACUGCGCCGCCCCAGGCGUCAACUCUUUAUCCCUGCCCCAGUUGAAGCGCAAACGCUCGGAUUCCAGCGACUCGACUCCCGGUCAAGAUGCUCCGGUCGCGACCAAGUUGCGCGCUGACGAUGCGCCCGGUCAUCCCGUCGCCUCGACGCAGGAUCUUUCCUCGACCUUCUGUGAUGCGACGCAGAAGCCGGAGUCCAUGGGCGACAAUGCCUCCAAUCCGACAUUCACUUCGUCUGACACGUCGCAUCAACCAAAUCCAGCUUCCGAUGGUUCAAAUCCCGCCGACGAGGAUGCCGCCUCGCGUAAAGUAGACGUCGACCGCUUGCGCGAGACGAUCGAGGCGCAGCUAAGCCUGGAGGUCUUGCUCAAGCACAACGAGCUGCGCCUGAUCGACCAGGAGAUCGCUAAAUGUCAAGUCGCGUUGGAACAGUUGCGGCGAUGCGCCGAGAUCCCCUAUCCAGCCUCCCAUCCUGCCGGUCUUUCGCCUUCCGUCAGCGCCGGGACGGGAAUGGCGGUGCUUGCUCCUGGAAAUGGGCCUGCACCGCUCUCUCCGGCUCCGUGGGGGGUCGCCGACGGUCCCUACACGCGACACUACGCACGAUGGUUGCUUCCUGACCCUCGCUUCGACGGUGGCGAGAUCGAGCCCGGGACCCCUACGGCAAUCGGAGCCGUUGGGACUCCCACGGCGGAAGGCCGCUCGACGCGUGGGAGUGCGGGUGACGCCGGCUUCCUGGCUGGGAAAUCUCGCUCUCAACGGGCAUCCGCGGGCAGUACCAGACUGCAGUCUCUACCUAACGGCUACCCGGCCCCGAAAGAAAAAGCCGGCCCCAUGAUCAUCCGGCGAAAGUCGGAUGGCGUCAUGGUCAAGCUCAUCUGUCUGGACUGUCGGCGGGACAACUUCUCCAGCACGCAAGGCUUCAUCAACCACUGCCGCAUCGCCCAUAGUCGGAACUUUGCCAGUCACGAUGCCGCUGCCGUCGCGUCCGGGGAACCGGUGGAAGUCGACGAAGCGGGUGCGAUCGUGGGCGGCAAGAAUGAACCCCCCAGCACCGCCACGGCUGGGUACGUGCACCCGUUGAUACGAUCGGCCCACGUUAUCGAGCCGUCUUCCAAGACGCCCUCGUCCGGGUCAGAGGCCCCCGGUAGCGACUCCGCGACGCCCCGGAAGCCAUCGGUCUCCGGCCGGCAAGGAUCGUCUGCGGUGAAAACACCCCGGGCAUCGGCUCGCCCGUUGCUCAGCAAGCAGACCACACCUGCCACGGCGAACGUCUCCUUCAUGGCCUCCCCUGACACUCCCCAUCUCUCGUCUCUGAUGCAGAUGCGGGGGGUUGGUCUGGACCUUGAUCGGUUGGUUGGGGAAGCGAAGACCACGGUCGAUCUCGGCGCCUAUUCUUCAGACGAGGGCGAAUCUGAAGCGGAACCGGAACAGCCGCCGGCCGGCGAAGUCCCGGAUCAGCAGAACUCUCGCGUGGGCCGGCAGCCCAUGCGAACGACCGCCUCGCAGGGGACAUCGCGGCGGCCCGGCAGCCGCAAGGGAGUCGAGAAGACGAGUCACCGACCUUUCCCCAUUGAAACCUUAACGCCGACGCGACCCGCCCCCUAUCAGUCGCCCUACGGCCCGACCGCCUCUCGGCCCUCUCAGCUACUCGAUCUUCGCGAAGUGGACGGGAUAGAUCGCGCCUCGAAUCUGAGCCCGAACACCAUGGAGUCUAAUCAAGCUCCGAGUCUCGUCAGCGACGAUGAGGAUGACUACGAAGAAGCGUCCGAUUCGGAGAGCCCGGGUCCCAGUUCGUCCGAGGCCGGGGAUCACGAGGAGGAUUUCAGUCACAUCGACGUCGAGGGUGACGAAGACGGCGCGGCUUCUUCCACGGCCACUGAGCCUAAAACCGCUCCCAGUAUGGCCGGCGCGGCGGCCCAUCCCCCCGCGUCGCUGUCGAAGUCUCUUCGGCGAGGCAACUCCAGGAAGAAAGAGCAGGUGAUCUCCUCUUCCGUCGUACCUUUGAAUCGGGCCAGGGAUGAGAGGCGAGUCAGCUUUGUCAGUCCCGCCACGAGUCCUGGAAAAGAUCAAAAAGACCCCAAGCACAAGCCUAGCGGGGGACCAUAA